UAAAUUUGGCACUGGAUACACAUCUGAUUGUAAUAAUAAAAUUCUAAGCCUGCCCUGUGAAUUAUAUCCUAGGUGAUGUUCUAUGUAUAAACUAGUAUAAGAUGACCUUUUGCUUACCAUAUUAAGCUUGUCAAUGAAUGCAUUAGAGGACCAACCGCUAGUGUCAUGAACUGUGGAGUGGUGAAUCUAACAACGGCUUUCUCUUUUCUUUUUUCUCGUGUUUGAUGCAGCACUUGGCAACGCUGUGGGCAAGUAUGUGCUUAAAAGUAGCCCACAGGGAGCCGCAACUACAUGUUACGCAGCGUUGCACCCGCAAGCGAAGGGAGUGAGUGGGGAAUACUUGAUGGACAACAACAUAUCUAGCCCGAAUUCUCAGGGUAAAGACACAGAUUUGGCCAAGAAACUGUGGGAGUUUAGUUUGAGUCUAACUGGUGAAGAAGAAUUAUAGAUUUAUUUGCAAAGUACAGUCCUAAAGAAAAGAGAUCUGGUUUAAAUGUGGGACUAUGUAAGGAUAUGCUGGUUCAGCUGUGAAGACAAAUAUUAUCCUUUCAUUUGAAUAAAAAGUUCAGCUGUGAAGACAAAUAUUAUCCUUUCAUUUGAGUAAAAAGUUCAGCUGUGAAGACAUAUAUGUGCUCCAAGUCCUAGUUCCAUGUAGGAUUUGGGCAUGAUUUAUUAGCGUUGCCCUCAUGCUUAAAGAUUUAGUUAAAAAAAAAAUUGAGUUUUUGAUGUUUUGAAAAUGAAUAUUUACGUAAAUUUGAAAUUUAUAUUUUUUUAAAGAAACAGAUCUGGUUUAAAUGUGUGACUAUGAAAGGAUAUGCUGGUUCAGUUCAUGUGAAGACUAUUAUCCCUUUUUGAAUAAAAAGUUUGGUUUCUAUAUACAUAUGUGUUGAUUCAAGUAGGUAGAUAUGGACAUGUACAAAGAGAUUUAGAUAUGUUCAAGGCGAGCUGUUUGGUUAUUUCCAGAGCAAGAGGAUACUUCGACAUGGAUGCUCUCUUUCUCUGUACCUGUUCGUCAUAACAGGAUGUUCUAUCUAAAUUUCUAGACAAGGCGGCAAGCACUCAAAAUUUUGCCUAUCAUCCUCGCUACAAAAGUCUAAAUCUGACCCACCUGACGUUUGCAGAUGAUCUUAUGGUAGUCACAUAUAGGAAAGUGCGAUCUGUAGAAGGAAUAAUUGACAUGUUUGAAAAGUUUGCAAAAUACUCAGGCCUGAGAAUUAGUACGGAAAAGUCGACCAUAUACCUGGGAGGGGUAACAGAAGACAUCCAGAUGGAGCUGGAGAAUAAAUUUCAUUACAAAACAGAUAAACUUCCGGUGCGCUACUUGGGCUUACCACUAACCACCAAAAGUAUGAAUACUACUGAUUACCAGCCUCUCAUCGAGACAAUAAGAACGCGAAUAGGAUCCUGGAAAAACCGGUACUUAUCUUAUGCCGGUAGACUUGAGCUUCUUGGCUCAGUUCUAUGGAGCAUCUCCAGUUUCUGGUUAUCAGCUUUUCGUCUACCGAAGGCGUGUAUUCGAGAAAUCGACAAGAUCUGUUCGGCCUUCCUAUGGUCAGGUAGCGAGCUUAACCCUCGGAAAGCAAAAUUGUGUUGGGAAGAGGUUUGUCGCCCUAGAGAAGAAGGUGGGCUUGGUCUCCGUUCACUAAAAGAUAUGAACAAUGUUACCAUCCUAAAGCUCUUCUGGAGGUUAAUCCCUAACAAAUCAUCACUCUGGGUCAGAUGGAUUCACUCCACACUCCUUAAGAAUGAGUCUAUUUGGCCUGUCAAAGAUAAUGAUCAAAAAGGUUCAUGGAUGUGGCGAAAUUUUUUGAAAAUUCGAGGGCUGGCUCGGGAGUUCUGUAAAGUUGAAGUUUAUAAUAGGAAAGGGACAUCUUUCUGGUACGACCAGUGGUCUCCUUUAGGCUGCUUGAUGGAUAUGUUGGGAACAAGGGGUCAGAUCGAUAAGGGAAUACGGCAACAUGAUACGGUGCAUACUGCGAGGACAAAACGUAGAAGAAGAGUUCAUCGUUCUGAGGGUCUGAUUCAAAUUGAGAACCAGCUCCAGUCUUUAUCUCGUUCUGAAGAGGAAGAUGUUGUCCUUCGGAAAGGGAAACAAGAUAUUUACAAAGAUCAGUUUCUUACUGCAGAAACUUGGAAUCACAUCAGAACUAAAAAAGAAAAGGUCUCUUGGCACAGAGGAAUCUGGUUCACUCAUGCUACGCCAAAGCACAGGUUCUGUACUUGGCUAGCUAUUCGUAAUCGGCUCACUACGGGAGAUAGGAUGGUCGCCUGGAACGCUGGGAUUGAUGGGACUUGUGUUCUAUGUAUGCAACAUCUGGAAACGAGAAACCAUCUAUUUUUCGGCUGCGAUUACUCCUCAUCACUAUGGUACAAGCUGAUGAAUGUUUUUAUGGGUAAUGGUUACUCAGAAGAGUGGAUUGAUGUCGUGCUCUUCAUACAGAAACCAAACCUGGAUCGAACCAGGAGCUUCCUUGUUCGUUACGUUUUUCAAGCUACAAUCUACAUGAUUUGGCGUGAGAGAAACUGUCGCAGGCAUGGUGAGAGGCCGCAAUCUCCUGAAGUUCUCUUUGCCAUGAUUGACAGACUGGUCAAGAACAGAAUUAUGUCCAUUAGAGCACAAGACAGGAGACUUGAUUGUGCUUUCCAACUUUGGAUUAAAGCUGUACAAGCUUGAUUCUUUAUUAGGUCUUUUGCUUGCAAUUUUAAUAUGCUAAAGUGGCUUAGUACAUUUUUUCUUUGAAUCAAAUUUAACAUUUUUAUUCAAAAAAAAAAAAAGAUUUAGAUAUGUUCCAAGUCUUAGUUCCAUGUAGGAUUUGGGCAUGAAACUAUAUAAUAUACUAUAAAAAUUAAAAUAUUAGGUUAAUAACAUAUAUUAAAGUAGUACUAAAUAAUAGUGGCUGGAAAAUGUUUACGAAAGUAAACCAAAAGAAUAUAGUUUAAGAUUUUAUAUUGUUAUUGCUGUUGUUGUCUUCUUGUUGCCAUGAUAGAGUAUAUUCCUUCUGUGUUCAUAAUAUAUUACCUAAAAACAUAAAGAUUAAUAAAGUUAUUAAUUUUUAAAAAUAUUAUUUAACAUAUAGAUUAGAUACAAUUUAGACAAUCAUAAAAUAAGUCUAUUUAAUUUGAUUAGUCAUACUAUAUCCAAUAAAUACAAAAAUUACCUAAAAUAUAAAAACUAUUUACAUUUUGAAACAAUUUUUUUUUCUAUAACUACUUUCAAUAUGAAACAGAUGGAGUAUUAUUUAGUGCAAAGAAAUGUCAUUGGUGUAAAUAGUGGAUUUCGACAUAAAUCAGUUUUAGUUUUGUAAGGAACAAUUUACCUUUUUUGUUUUUAUUUUUUUGUACUUCAUAAUUUUUUUUGAAACUUAAGGAUUUAUUGGUAUUACUGAUACCACCCGCAAAUGUUGCAUUUGUGUGGGUGGUAGCGGUUCUUGGUAUUUUACGUAAUCAUAAAAAUGUUAUAAAAGCUUUAUGCCGUUUCAAAAUUUUAAAAUUAAAAGUUGGUUUUCACAAAUGUUUGUGAUUGUUGGUAUGUUACAUGUAAGUAUUAUAAGUAUAUAUAAAAUUUGAAUUUAACUACUAAAAUUGAGAUAUUAUAAAUAAAGUUUAUAAAUAAAAUUUAUAUUUUAAUUUAUAUUCACUAA